GUUCAGAGUGACCCAUAAUUCCAAAUCAGUCUACUUAAACUCCGGCCAAUCUUCCCUCGAGUGUUCCUACGAUCAGAAAAGUGGUGAGAGUGAGAAUUGAAAGAGAGAGAGGGAGAGGGAGAGAGUGUGUCAAGAAGAUCUAUAAAGAUCGUGAUUAGGUGGGAACGAGAGAAGUGAAUCGAAACCCUACGAAUUCGUAUCUACCGAAUGAGGUCUUUUGUCUGCUAGUAACCUGGAUUAACAUGGUUACUUGCACGUGCUGAAGCUUGGUGGAGGAUUAUCAUAUUUUGGAGAUAUGUGGCACGGGGGAAAAGAGAGUUUCUUUUUACCAGGUCAGACAAAUUAUCCUAAAAGGUUUCAGGAGGCUCAUAUGGAGAACAAGAUCCUCCCACCUCCCCCUGGUGGGAAUCAUGAUAUAGAUUUUCUUGGUGGCUUAUCAAAAAAAAGGAAAUUUACAGUUAUGGAUCAGCCAGGUGCCAUUCCUUGCAUACCAUGGGAGUCAAACGUACAACAGUCUAGUUUUGUUUCAAGGGUAACUGCCCAAAGGAAUACUCAUGGACCGUGUUUAAACCAAGAAAAUUCUGUAGAACCAUUUACUUUCAGGCGUAAAUAUGAAAAAGAUCAAUUUCGAUAUCAAAAUAAUAUUGCAGAUACAUGGCAGACUAGUUAUGGGAAUACAAAUAGAAGUGAGAUUGACAAAAUAAGCAGCCCUUCUUUAAGCAUGCCACCUCCAUUUUUACAUUAUAAAGGAUCCUUCCCCUCAGUUAACAUGUCGUUGGGGGAGACCUUCACAGCUUCAAAUCGACAACCCCAGGCAGUAAAUAUGUUGGACUGGAAUGAAGCUUAUAAAUAUUCGCCCUUUUUAAAAUCAAAUAAUGGACAUACAGAAAAAGCUCAGAUUGAUCCUGGUUCGCAAGAUUCAAUGAGCUUUGGGGUCAAGAAUCAUGUAGUCACAAAUAAAGUGCCACUGGAAAUGUGCAAUAAUGUUUCUGAAUGUUUGAGACCUAUGGAAAUUUUGCAACAGAACUUUCUAGCACCCAAUAGGUUUUCUGAUGAUUUGAAUGGAAGUACGUGUGCUCAAGAAUCCAGAACUGUCUCUUUGGGAGCUUUGGUUUGCACUGAGCAAAACGAAAAUCAUAGUUUGCUGCAAAAUGAAGUACAAUUAGGCAAUGUUGCUUUAGGUAAUCAUUUAAGUGACGCAUCUGAAAAUAAAGGAGGUCACGAGGGUGGCAAUAUCAAAACAGAGGAUAAAACAGAAGUAUUGGAUGUGGAUAAUUUUAAGUCUUUAUUGAAAGAGGACUUUUCGCCAAAUGGGCAUAAUCCUGCCAAUGUCGUGGAGCAUGGUCAGAAAAAUGACCUGAGUCAUAUCUCUCCCAAAUUAGAUGAAAAGAGUAAUUUACAUUCUGGGAAAGCAGCUUGUACAUUGGCUGAAAAGCUUUGGGAUGGGUCUCUUCAGCUAAAUUCGUCAGUCAUUGUGUCUGCAGUUGCCUUCUUUAAAAGCGGUGAGAAGUUGCUUGAUGUCAACUGGUCUGAAUUUCUAGAAGUUAAAGGGAAAGUAAGAUUAGAGGCUUUUGAAAAAUAUAUACAAGAUCUUCCUCGCUCACGCAAUCGGGGAUUGAUGGUUAUCUCACUUUGCUGGAAGGAAGGAACUUCUGAAACUGGAUUGAAAGGCAUGAAAGAGAUUGCUAGAGGAUAUAAAAAAGGUGAGAGGGUUGGGUUUGCACAGCUAUCACCGGGUGUCGAUCUUUACAUCUGUCCUCGCAGUGAUACCAUAAUCACAAUUCUUGCGAAGUAUGGUUUCUUCAAGGGCAUGGCAGCUGUUGAAGACAACCAGGACUCCUUGAUAGGUUGUGUAGUAUGGCGGAGAAACAGAUCGUCUUCGAAUUCUGUUGCAAGUAAAUCAGAAAUUAAGAAAACCUCCUUGCCAGAGCAACCCUCCCCUUCAGACUCUGCCGCCCAGCAAGUUUUGGAAAGAAAAAGGUCUCCGACACAAACUGCUCAAGAAUCUAUCCCAAACGAGUUGGUACCAGCUUCCUCAACUCUUGACAGUCCAAGAGAAAAGGAUACUGAAAGCAAGAAUGGUGGCUACAAUGAAGUCCAGUUUGAACUUGCCAAGUCUUUCUCCAGUGCUAAUUCCUUGAUGAUUCCUUCGGUCCCUAGCGACUCCUCAUCCAUUCUAGUGGGACACCAAAGAUCCCUGUGUUCCAACUCCACCACUUUUGAGGUCCCCCAGGGACAAUUGUUGCAAGUUGGAGCUCCUGCUGCUCACUGCUCAGGACAUGAACAGCCUAGAGCGAGUUUGGAACUUCAGAAACCCGUCGUCUCUCUCCCAGCUGAUGUGUUGCAACAACCUACGCCCACAUCCGAUGAUGAUGAUCUUCCUGAAUUCGAUUUCGGAGCUGCAUGUGGGAUUUCUCAAACUAAAAUGGGCAAGCCUUUAGAUGCUUUGGCGUUUGACAGUAAGCAUCCAACUGAAGGAAUGGAUGGAUCAAUGCCGCCCAAAAUGACCAUUAUGCAAACAAUGUCAACUUCCAACCAAAGGUCAGAUCAUUCUACUGUUCAACGACUUCCUUUAGCUGCCAGCCAAGAAAUUCCAGUCCGGAAGAAUAUUGGUGAGCCUGAAUCCUGGACCCCGCUUUUGCCCAAUUUGGAUGAAAAACAACGUAUCCAAAUUAAAACUACCACAGCUUCUGUAAGCGGUACUUAUGCCCCACCUAAGAAUCUUUUUGAUGACGACGAUGACAUGCCUGAGUGGUGCCCUUCGGAGAGCCACAAGCCAACGUUGGCAGAAAACUCAACUCUAAAAAAUUUGCCUCCAGGCCUUCCGCGACCUGUACUACCUUCUCUAUUCCAAGCUGCUUCUCGGCCACUGUUUCAUUCCCGUGUAUUCCCUCCUGCAUCUCAUUGUCCAAUAACCGUCACUGUGAAAGCACCACAACCAAGACCUUUCCUGAGAGGUCCUAUUUCUUCAACAACAUUCAACUCAAAUUCAGUGUCAAGGUCUCACCCGAGCCCAUUUGAUGUCAAACUUCCAUUCCAUCCUGCUGAUAAAAGAGGUUGGAGGCCAUAAUCAUCAAGAGUGUAGCGAAAUUUGUUGUCUGAUAACCUUGGAUCCUCAUGUGAGGUAGUCUUGUCACAUUUUAUAAAUAUGCUUCCUAGAGAAAUGACUUUGAAAAUGUGUACCGUUCAACUUGUACAUGAGCAGGAACUAGGAAGCUGAUUUUCUGUCUCAUGCUUUGGCAAUCUUUCAAGUUGUGCUUCUGUUUCAUGUU